CAAUUGAGCAACACUGAGCAUGUUUCAGUCACUGUGGACAUUUGGUCUGACCGAAAGAUGAGGGGAUUCCUUGGUAUCACUGUCCACUGGAUAGCGAGAGAGACAGAGAGGAUACAGCUAAAGACUAAUCUCUUGGCCUGCAAUCGCUUCAAAGGCUCACACACAGCUGAACGAAUCUGUGACCAAUUUGAGGCAAUAUGCGAUGAAUACAGCAUCAAAGAUAAAUUGGACUACAUUAUUAGUGACAAUGCUGCUAACAUGCGAAAGGCAUUCACUGUGUGCUUCCCCAGUGAACAAGAGGAUGAUGACGGAGAUCAUCUUGAUGACCCUGAUCUCUGGUGUGACUUAACCCUGGAAGAACAGCAAAUGGUACAGCGCCUGCAGUUUCUUUACAGCGACCCCCCGCCCGGACCUCGCCGCUUCCUGGGGCCGCGGACAUGUGUACUCGCUGCGCCUUCUCCCGCCCCUCGCUGGCCUCUCCCCCUUCACGGGGGGGGGCUGUCGGCGGGGGAACCGCGGGGGUCGGGGUCCCUCUGCCCCCGGCGCGACUGUCGAUCGGAGCGGACUGUCCUCAGUGCGUCUCCCACACUUCAGCUGGUGGUGGGAGACGGUUUGAAAGAAACAAAAGUGGCAUGUCCUUCUCUUUCCAAGUUAUCAAAACUUAGCUCACUGCUGCACACAAGCACAACAUUCAAAGAUGUGUUUGACAAUGCAUUUGUGGAACAGAAAGGUGUCCCUGCUGCAGUCAACACAAGAUGGAACUCAACACUGAGGCAAGUAAAGGCAGUUCUCCACUGUAAUCAUGUAAAGCUCUGUGCCAUUCUAGAAAAGGCUGGGCCUAAGGAGUUGUCAUUCACGCCACGAGAGUGGAAUCUGUUGAAGGAGUUGGUGGACAUCUUGAAGCCGUUUGGAGAAGCAACUGAUCUGACACAGGGAGAGAAGGUUGUCACAAUCAGUGCAGUUGUUCCAUCCGUCUUGUCCCUCAAUCACCACCUUGAGAAUCUGAAGCCUCAAGUUUGUUUCCUGAGCGGCCUGGUCGGAAUUCUCCAGGCAUCCCUUAACAAAAGAUUUCUUGGGAUCUUUAUUAACGUGAAAAUGGCCAGGACUCAAGAUGGGAUCACUGCCCCAUUUUCAGACCCAGUCUACCUCAAAGCAGCCGCCUUGGAUCCAGCCUUUUCUCUGCUGUGGGUGGAGCCUCAUGUGCUGGUCAAUCGUGACAUCAAGGCAGAGGUGGCGAGUUAAAGAAUUGAUCCUGCAAGAUGCUGCAGAGACUGAGCAACCUGUGCUUCUGGUUGAUGAAGAAGAGCAAGAGGACCUUGGAGAAGGAGAAGGGCUGUUUGCUGCAUACCAUAAGAGGCAGAAGAAGGAUGUUGGGACCACUCCAGCGCUACAGCUAAGUCACUACCUAGACAUAGCCGAAGGACAGAACGCCCUUUUGUUCUGGGCACUGAACAUGAAGACUCUUCCUUCACUCUUCCGAGUGGCCAUCAGAGUGUUGGCAGUGCCUGCCUCUAGUGCUCCAGUGGAGCGAGUUUUGAGCCAUGGUGGCAUCAUACUACGUCCCCAUCGUGCACAAAUGACUGACAGACUUUUGGCCAAUUUGAUCUUUUGCAAAUGCAAUACAGCAUAGGGCCCUGACAUAGAAAAGCACAACUCUGUUCAUUGUCAUGUUCAUGACAGUUCCAAUCCAGUCCCCUUUCAAUCUCUCUCUCUCUCACACACACACACACGCACACACACACACACACCAGUCUCUCUAUGGAUGCAUGCCAAUUGUUUUCAAGGGAGCAACAUAAACUGAUAGAGGCAUGAAUGUAUUACAUGUAGAUUAUUUAAUUUUAUUACAUUUUUGGGAGUGAGGAUAUCUUUUAUAAAGUGGUGACAUGGUUGAAAAGGUUAAGGUUACACUUAGGUUUUGA